AUGGCCACUGCCUUUUCGCCACCAUCUACUAAUACAAACUGCCUCGAUCGUCGAUUGCUGAGACUCCAUGAAGCCUGGCGACCAGAUAGUAGCAAUGACCAGGAAAUGCAAGAGCAAGCUCCGCCACAACAACAACAACAACAACAACAACCUCAAAGUUCAUUGGUCGACGUGGCUAGAGAAUUGGCACAACAAGGACGAGACACACUCCAAUCCACGGCAGAUGCCAGUGUCACAUCCGCCAAAAAUGCCGCUCAAAUGGUGGGCGGGCUGUCCACCGAAAUGGCAUCCAAGGGUCGCAACACUGUCGGAGCGGCUUGGUCGGGGGUGUCCAAUCUGACGGGGGGCAUUGCAGCCACGGCACAACAAGGGUCUGGACGACUCACGUCGGCUGGACAGAAAACUCUGGGCUUGGUGUCCAACAAGAGUCGCGACGUCUUCCAAUGGAUGGACACACAGGCCAAGGAGGGAACCUCCGUCGUACAAUCCAAAGCCAGGGACAUGGUGCUGGGCUUUACAGGAAAAUCCGACUAUCAAUUUGGAGAUAUUGCCAAGGAGGUUGUACGGAGAGCUUCCACGGCAGACUACAAUCUACAGGAUAUCAUACUACUGCUCCGCGUCAUGCUCACAUUGGGAGCAUCCGUCACGCCCUUGGCCAAAUUGUUGCCCAUUACAGUAUUGUUGGAAAUGUUGAAUACAACGAUCGAAGCACGGUUGGGAGGGAAACUGUUGGAAGUAUUAGCUCAAGCACUGGAUGAACGGUUCAUGGCAGCCUUUUCAGCUGAGGAACUGGGAGAUUUGGCCAAACGGUCACUGUCAGCGGCUAUCAUUGCUUUUACAGGCAAGGCAUCCUAUCAAAAGGGUGACAUUGAAGAAACAGUGUCCAAAAUGAACAACAACAAUAAUAACAACAAUAAUGAUGCCACUCAACAAGAGGAAAAUGGACAAGACGAAAAAGCUGUGAAUAACGCAACGACAGAAGUUGCCGUUGCAGAGCCAUUAUUACCGCCUUCUGUUUCGGCGCCGCCAAGGACAUUGGAGCUGCGGAUAGGACCUGACUUUGAUGAUUGGGACCGAGCAUUUCGGGAAAGCCAUCCAGAUGUGGACAUUGUGGUGGAGCAAAGUUUGGAUCGCACUACCAGGAAUAACAGUCAAAGCCCCAGUGCUACUCUGGAGGCCCUGGAUAAGGAGUUUGUCAAUGAACUCGAGGAAUGGGACCGCAAGUUUGAGUCCAUGAUGUACGAGAAUAAACAAUAA